AUGGUCAACUUCUUUGACCUCCCGAUGGAGAUACGUGAAAAGAUUUAUCGAUAUUCCAUCAUCGAACCGAAAACCCAAGAUAUGAGUGCGCAGUUAUUGAAUCGAUCGAAAAUCACCCCUUAUACAUUUCCGCACAUUGGACUCAUCGAUUCGAGAAAUGGCGUCAUCGACGACGAUAGAAUGCCGGGAAGGGAGUUUAUUCUUGUCAGUAGGAGGGUUCAUGAGGAGGUCAAGCUGGCUCUAGCUCAAGAACUUACAUUUUAUUGGGAUAGGCCUAAGCGAUUCCUCCAUGAUUGUAAUUCUUGGGGUGAUUACUUGCGCAAUAACGUCCGAAUGGUAGAAUUCGCAGUGACGCCUUUGAUUACAAAUUGUGAAUAUGCCGAGCACGUACACCCUCGAUGUAAAGCGGGAAUACAUGAACGGGCCACGUGCAAGACUGGUUUAUGGGAGACCGGGUUGUGGUACCAGGCAUUCGGGAUUCUCAACUCAUUUGAAAGUAUAAGGCUCUUCGAGUUGAUUCCUUGGAAGGAAUCAUGGAGUUUCAUUGGGGGUUUGAAUAUGUCGCGAGCUCUUACAUGUCUUAGCGAUGUGGUUGAGACUGAAGAUGGUGGCGCAAAGCAGAAGUGUUAUUGGGGUAUAGUACGUGAAGCGAGGUGGGAUAGGCCCGUGCCAGGCCCAAGCGAUCCGAUCUACUGGGAGCCGCUAGACGAUUUGAACGUUCUCAAUCAUCAAAGAUUUGAACAAUUCUUGGACAUGCUCAGAAUAGUCAGGGCGAAUCGUUUUCUGGAGAGAGAAGACAGACGAAUCCUAACAUUUGUCACUGUCCGCGUGAAUUGGCUUAGCAACAGCUUUGGGAGGAACAAAUUUUACUGGAUGACCCGGAACGAUACUUCGCAGGUGAUUAACAAAAUAUAUCAGGCAUUCGGUGUAAGAGCCGUGAGCGACAACGUGGCUUUUUGUGGUUCUCUCAGCAAUCGUACAAUUCUGAGGCUGAUGAUGGCAAAUAACGUUAAAAACUGCGAGCGCAUCAUAAGAGAGAAAAUUCAGACUGUGGAAGAGCCUUAUCCUCCUGAUGACAUGUUCUCGGAAAUGCGGAAUGACGAAAAGUUUCAGCGGCAUGGCAUGUACUCCUCCAACUUAUUGUUAGCUCGUAUUGGAUCGAGUGUGCCAGCCUCGGUUUAUUAUUACAAAAUAUCCAAACGAUCUAUUGAUCGCAAUGCCGCCAACUCGUAUGGAAAGCUACGACAAUACAAUCGAAGAAUGGUUCGCGCAGGGAGAUUACAACAUUCCCAACGGCUUGCUUCCGCCCAAGAAGAUGAAGCUGUUGACAUUCAACAACCAGGAGCUCCAGUUCGUAGACGAAGGCUGUGCCGGGGCCUAAGACCACAAACUGGAGAAGAAGAAGCUGCAGCAGUACGAGAAGUCAAAGCCCAUGGACCAUGUCAAAAAUUACGACGGGAGUAUAAAAAACCGAUGCACUCUUGGAGACUUCGGCAGGCCAACCAAACCGGUCCCGACCAACAAAAUGAAAGUGACAGUUUUCAGGAGUCAGAGGCUCCAAUUCGUAGGCGAAGAUUGUGUCGUGGUGUCAAGCCACAGAUUUUAGAGGCCAGUUUCGGAUUGCAGGAGAUGGAGUAUUAG